CUUUGGAUGUACAAUGUUGACUGAUUUGCUUUGAUCUUGGAAAAAUGUUUGAAUAUUAAUAUUUUACAGACGACAACAAAGACUUCAAUUCAUAAAGGCAAAUUUUAAUUAAUUUAUUUAUUUUAAUUUCCCAUGAGUGAUGGGUUAGCACUAGCAGUCACUGGUUCUGCUAGAGCUUUGUCUGCACUCGAUUCCCAUUUUUUCUCUUUGCUUUGUUCAAUAGGGAAAAGAAAGGAAGGAACAGAGAGGAAGAGGGAGAGAUCGAGAUGGGUCAUCAUCUUCUUCACUUGAACCUUACAACUAUCUCUCCUUCUGCUUCUUUCAAAUCUUCUAAUUCAUUGUUUCCAUGUAAUCAUCCCCAAAUUCCCACCAAUUCUUUUCACUUGCCCUCUCUCUCGAAGUCAUCAGGCCAUAAAAUCUCUUGGAUCCAAAAGCUGCCCAGAAUUGCUACUGCCACUAUUAAGUGCUCUGCUAAGAUUGAAAAUGCAAAUAUUAGUAAAAGCUCUGCAGCUGUGAAAGAGAAGAGUGUUUCGGUCAUUCUGUUGGCUGGAGGGAAGGGCAAAAGAAUGGGUGCAAGCAUGCCAAAGCAAUAUCUACCCCUGUUAGGCCAGCCAAUUGCUUUAUACAGUUUCUACACAUUCUCAAAAAUGACUGAAGUGAAAGAAAUUGUUGUAGUCUGCGAUCCAUCCUACCAAGACAUUUUUGAAGAUGCCAAAGAAAAUAUCACUGUGGACCUCAAAUUUGCACUGCCUGGGAAGGAAAGACAAGAUUCUGUAUACAAUGGCCUUCAGGAAGUUGAUUUGAACUCUGAGCUUGUUUGUGUCCAUGACUCAGCUAGACCUCUGGUGUCAUCUGCAGAAGUAAAAGAGGUCCUCAAAGAUGCUUGGAUAAACGGAGCAGCUGUGCUUGGUGUUCCUGCUAAAGCUACAAUUAAGGAGGCGAAUAGUGAAUCUUUUGUAGUGAGAACUCUCGACCGCAAAACACUUUGGGAAAUGCAAACCCCACAGGUGAUUAAGCCUGAUUUGCUUAAAAAAGGCUUUGAGCUUGUGAACAGAGGUGGUCUUGAAGUCACUGAUGAUGUCUCUAUCGUGGAGCACCUUAAACAUCCCGUAUACAUUACCGAAGGAUCUUACACAAACAUCAAGGUCACAACUCCGGAUGAUUUGUUACUUGCCGAGAGAAUUUUGAACUUGAAUUCUGGAGAAUCUUCGAAAUAGGCUCAUAUUUGGUUUUUGCAUUCUAUUGUUGCUCCAUUCUUUAUCUUUCAGAUGAAAAGAGACAUUUUUUUUUUCUUCUAAUUUUAAGAAUUUUUCUGCAUUUGAGGUCUGAUAAAAGACAAUAGAAAAUCUUGCAAUGAUAUUCUAUUAGGCUCAUCUUCAAACCCAGAUAAAGAGUAUGUGAGCUGCAGCAGCCAUAAUGAUUUCUGCUGGUAUUAUUCUGUAUUCAAAUGAAUAAAAUCCAAAGAGAUUUUUGUAGAAAUUUUUACUAUCUAUUAUAAUACUAUUGAAUUAGUAAUUCUACAUUUAA